CUUCUCGCAUCAUCACCUUUCCAUUGUGUACACUCUCUUAUUUACUCCUAAUUUAAUUCUCUUUUUUUCUUUUCCCUUCACAUUCACAUAUAUAAAUCCACACACUCCCUCUUCUCUUCUAUUCUAUCUUCAUUUUAUUUCACUCCUCACUUCUCACCCACCGCAACUCAUCACUCUCUCUCUCUCUAAAUAAACACUUUCUCUCUCUAGAAUUUGUUUUUCUUUCCUAACUGCCGUUAUGAAGCAGUUGAUUCGCCGUUUAUCACGAGUGGCUGACUCUUCCGAGUACACGCUACUCCGAACUGACUCAAGCAAUCGCCGGCGACCUAGCCGCCGAGUGGAAUCGUUCAGGAUGGAGGUUUUAUCGAAGAUCCGGAGAUCUUCUUCUGUUGUGCCGGAAGGUCAUGUUCCGAUCUACGUCGGAGAUGAGAUGGCGCGAUUCGUUGUCUCUGCGGAGCUUCUGAAUCAUCCGAUUUUCGUGAAGCUUUUGAAUCAGUCGGCGCAGGAAUACGGUUACGAACAGAAAGGUGUGCUUCGAUUACCGUGUAAUGUUUGCGUUUUUGAGCGCGUGCUUGAAGCGUUGAAGCUUGGUCAAGACACGCGCCACAUCAUUGAACUUCUCAAUUCUUCUUCUUCAUCGUCGUCGGAGGAGGAAGAGGAGGAGAAAUUUUGCUGAGGAAGGAAAAUAAAGAGAAAGAAAUUUAGGGGAAAGAUGAAAAUCGAAGGUUAAUUUGGUAAAUUAGCGAGGUAUUUUGGUUUGUUAUGUAAAUAGACAUCAGGAUCUUGUGAAAAAAAAGAACAAAAAAGCAUCAUAGGAAUGUUAUUGUUAGGGGUUGGUUUUUUGUUUCUCUGUUUUUUAUUUUUUAUGUUUUAAUUUGGUGUCUUUUUCUUUUGGUUGUUGUUCGGUGAUCAUUGUAAAAAAGGAGAAGAUAUUAUAACUCUCUGUUGUUUGCAACCAAGGAAUGGGAAUCAUGAUUCAUCUGUUUAAUUAGGCA